AUGCCCGACGUCAAGCGAAAUGUCCGUCUCGUCACGGAGCAACACAUCAUUGACAAGCCCUCUGAGGUCGAAGGCUUCCCCCAGCGCUCGUGGUCCAUCGAGGUCUGGCUCGUCAACGACAGGGGGGAGAUGGUGCCAGCGAACCUUUUUGACAAAGUAACGUAUCAUUUGCACCCGAGUUUUGGCGCGCGCGCCACGCAGACCUUCAAGAAUCCACCAUUCCGCAUCCAGGAAGAGGGUUGGGGUGAAUUUGACAUGCAGAUCGAGCUCACGGCCGAUAAGUCGCAUACCAUCAACCAUGACUUGAACUUUGCCCAAACCCGCUACGAGUCGAAGCAUGUCAUUGUGUUCAAGAACCCGAAGCCCGCCUUCCUGGCAGCUCUGCGCGAGUCCGGCCCUGUCCCUGGCGAUGAGAACGGGAUGAAGUCCAAGCGCGCGGCUGGGGGUGAGGAGAGCGCGAAGAAGAAGAAACGCACCGACAAGAAUGUCGACAUGGAUAAGCUCGCCGAUGGACUGCAGAAGCUCAACGAGGAUGAUCUCCUGCAGGUGGUUCAAAUGGUGCAUGACAACAAGGCACCGGACUCGUACACCAAGAACGAUGUCGAGUUGGGCGAGUUCCAUGUCGACCUCUACACGCUCCCCGACAGUCUGAUCAAAAUGCUCUGGGAGUUUACUCAGGAGCGGGGUGGUCUGUGA